AUGCCUUCCAAACGACCUGGAAAGCGAUGCGCUAACUACGAUGAAUUCAUUGCCUCGCCGCCGCCAACCCCUACCUCUGGUCCUCCCCCGGAAACCCUCCAGGAGAGACACUCUGAGUACGCACCAAGGCAGCGGGUAGCACACAGCUUCCUCGCCAUCCCUUAUGACUACGAUCCGACCUCUGAAACUGUUAACCCUGGACCGCUGGGUACCGCUGACAGUAGCGCCACACUGCCAGUGCCCAGCCUUAGCACUGAUGAUGAUGGCGAUGCAACCGCUUCAGCCGAGGACUCUACACGAGAACUCGAGGUCGUUGGGCUAGCAGCGGAAGUAAAUGAUGCCAGGAACCCCAAGAAACGUCAGCGGACCCAGGCUGACCAUCCGCUGCUCCUCUGGGUGCCUCAUAUUGAGGAGUACGUCUCUGAGUUCCUGCGCCUCGAGGGCCACAGAGAUUCCACAAAUCAGACCGUCUGCGCCAUGGAGAACUGCAGCGCUGACAUCAUGCUGUCCUGCCCUGGGUUCCGCUGCCUUGAUUGCCAAGUGCGCAGCCUUCUGUGGGUCUUCAUGUUGUAUCUAGUCGGAAAGACCAUUGAAUUGUUGAAGAAAUGGACCGGAAAAUACUUUGAAAAGACUUCGUUGAAGGAAAUCAGAUUUCGAGUGCAACUUGGACACUCAGUGGACGGGCUGUGCCUGCUUCCCGAACGUGCCAUCGAUGACAGCUUUGUCAUUAUUGAUUCCGAUGGCGUACACGAAGUGGGUCUGGAUUUUUGGGUGAAUCUACCAGAGAACUGGGAACAACAACCAGCCAAAGAGCAGUGGCUCUAUUCUUUGUUUGUUGGCAUCGACGCCAACUUCCGACUGAAACGCAUGAAUGUUUCGAGCGACGAGCGGGACCCUGGCCUGAACCACGGUUACGCUUACAUGGUUGAGAACACAAAGUAUGAGGCCUACCUUCGGGAAUACGGCAAAGCAAUCCAGGAAGAGAAGAGCAACUGUCACAAUCAUGACGCCAUCAAGUCUGCUAAUAUCCACGGAGGGAGAGGCACAGCAGCCAGCGGGUUGGGCACUGUUGAGUGUAGCCGGCACGACAUGAAGCGACCAGUAUCUGUCGGUGAUUUGCAGAAGGGGGAACAUUAUGUUAACAUGGACUACUUCUUCUUAUCUGGCCUGCGAGGGAACACCCUCUCACGCAUUAUGGUCUCCUACGAUAUAGCAUGUCAAUGGUCCAAGAAACGAUGCAGUAUUUACCCCGAGAACGUGAUCUCUAGUCGCCCAGAACUGCAAAUUGAUUUUUUGGUACCGAAAUUCCACCUUCCAGCCCACGUUGCCAGCUGUCAGAUUGAGUACUCUUUUAAUCUCAUUCCUGGGAGUGGGAGAACCAAUGGCGAAGCACCAGAACGAGGCUGGUCUGCCGUGAAUUCCGUGGCUGCCAGCACCAGGGAAAUGGGCCCAGGCUCUCGUCAGGACACACUUGAUGAUAUGUUUGGCGAUUAUAAUUGGUGGAAGAAAAUGGCAUUUGCUGAAUUCUUUCUGCGGAAGGCCGAGGAAGCAAUACUGGCCCAACAAGAACAUGUGGAGGCCUUCAUCGAAUUCGAUGUUGCUCUCCCACAUGAAUCGGCAGAUAGAACAAAGCCAAAUCCGUUCCAAUCAAUGCUCUCUGAUGCUGAGGUUUGUCUACAACUUGCGGAGGAGGACCAAGAAGACCUGUCAAAGAAGGAAAAUGUCACGACGCACUUCAGUAGAAUCACUCCAAGCUUUUUCAUCUAUCAGGGCCUCGAGAUCGAAGCCCAGCAGCGACAUCUGGCUUUGGAAAUAGCUGAACUGGGCAUUCAUUCAACUACACUGCAGCACGCUAAAGUCCUCGAGCGGUCCAAUGCCCUCCAAAGGCGCAUUGAUGCUUGGGUCCUUAUUCAACAUUUCUACGUGCCAGCUAUCGCUCUGGUUUGGGCACGAAUCAAAGAGCAAGGAGGCAGUAAACCUGUGGCCAUUCAGGACAUUGACCUAUUCCUACCCUCCCAGAUACAUGAGACAGUGACAUAUCCCCUCGUUUUCUUGCGCUAUGAGUGGCAACUUCAUUACGCUCGUGCACACGUGGCUCUUAACGACCCUCGCGGGCAACUUCUCAUGAGAUCUAUGAUGUACAAAUCAAAAGAACGGCAUUCGCGGGGCCAACAUCAGCAAACUUGGAGCAUGAAGCUCAUUGAGAACGUCAGCACUAAGAUCGAUAAUACGGCAAAUUGGUAUCGGCUCAUUCGUCGGGCAUUGAUUUCCCUUUCCGUACCUCUAGCUGAAGUAAAUUGGGAAAAAGAAUUGCGCGUUCUCAAGGAUUCUGAUCUUCUGGGUCUCACAUCGCUCGAUGAUGUGGGGCCGGAAGGCUGGAAGAAGCUCAAAUGGAUUUGGACUGUGCAGGGGGCUGGCGCGAACAUGGAUGCAAGUGGAGAAGACGCUCUUCGAGUAGAGUGGUGUAAGGUGCAUGCCCGUGCGCAUCGUUGGCAAGAAGAAUGUCUGCUCCUGCAAGAAGAAAUGCGGCGUGUUCUUGUGACAUUCAAAGUCGAAGCAGCGCGUUGGCUGAAGAUUGUGAAAGAUCACGAGGCCGAGGUAUUCACCAGUCAGCAAACGCUCGAGCCGCUGAUCCAGCUGGAAUUCACAUUGAUGGAAAUUGUGCGGGAGGGAAGGGUUGCAUACGCAUAUCGUCAAAACGCUGUCCGCCAGAGAAUGCUGGACUACUGCAGGGGUAUGUGGACGGGGGUUCGCGAACGAUUGGGGGUUAUGGUGGGGUUCAAUGCCCAUGUUUUGGUUGAGCACAGUCUCGAACGAGGCCCAGCGGCGCAAGCAAACUGA